AAAUUUUAAUAUAGAUUAUUCUUUUCCCACUCCAGCUCUCAAAGAUUAUUUCCAGUAUUAUCAAAUUAAAUUUGAUUGCACUUGAUUCAUAUAUCAGACACAUACAUAAAGUUUACUAUCUUUUAGCUGCUUUUACAAAGAAUUUAUAAAAUCAACCAAGUUUCAUCAUCAAUUUAUAAAAUCAAACUUCUCAAUCACAAUUCUUUUUUGAGUGUAUUACUCGUAUAUUAAAACUAAUGCGUUUCCUUCUUUGAAUAUCAUUCUGUCGUCGUCUUUUAUAUAUAUAAAAAGCAUGUUUACAAUUACUCGUUCUAUAAAAUUUUACGGUGUAGAGACUGUAGAGAACCUUAUGAGAAAUAAUAAACUAACAAUAAGUAUAUAUAGGCUCUCCUGAAUAAAUCAAAUAAAGGAAAGUGAGAGAGGUAGUUUGUUUACACGCUGAAGAUGACACAAAAAAAGUGUCGAAACGUCCGAAUAUGUAUUAACUAAUAUAUUUUAUUUUAUUAACUAUAUUUUGAUUACGCAUUAAUUACCGCGCGUGGCUCCGAUUGCCUCUCUCAUUUUCCUUUAUCAGCUUUAUCUCAUGAAAAAUGUUUCUAAAAAUAUCUAUCCAAGAUUGAUAAAAACAGAUAGUAACAUUGGGGACCUGGUUAGUAGACGUAUGUGAGUGGGUGCGAAGAGUGAACGUAGCUUAUUGCUAGCGAUUGCGGCCACAGAUAGGCUUUGAGUGUAGGAUAGGGGGAGAGGGGAGGCAAAUAGCGGAGGAAGCGAUAAAAGUGAAGGAAAAUAGCGAAACACGAGGAGCGAGGAUUAAUCAAAGGGGUAAAGACACGACUAGAUGAGAGGUUAGGGUAGAGAGACGAAUUCGUGCGAUUUAUCGGGCGUACGGCAUAGAGUAUAGAGUACGGCACAGAGUAGAGCGGCAAAUGAGCGGUAGCGAGCCUGAGGCCUGAUUCUCUAACGAGAAACGCAUACGCAAACUCUGCUCUAACAAAAAGGUUGUAAAUUGAUUGGCUAUCGCACAGUUUUUAGCCAAUAAGCUUGCAGCUUUUCUGUUAGAGCAGAGUUUACGCAUACGUUUGUCGAAAGAGAAUCGGGCCCCUGGGCGUAUGAUUGGCGGCGAGAUAAGAAAUCGCGGGAAAAGCAAGGACGUACUGAUAUAACACCGCGCGGCAUAUAAAAUAGGAGAUAGUAAGACAUUGAUAACGUGAUUUCCCUCUAUCUCAGUCCUAUUACUCGUUUCCGAGCGUGAUGACUUCUCUUCAUAUACAUGUGUUACGCAAGUGGAUUAUACACAUUGUGAUUUCCCUCUAUUAUCCUAUAUUUCAAGUAUUGUAAAGUGGAUUUUAAUGCAUUGUACUCCCUCCAGAAACUAUUUUUCUUCAAGAAAUAUAUCCCAAAUUCAAUAGUAAUUUUCUUUAAAGUGACCUAUAUGUAGUACCUCUUCCUUCUAAAAUUCUACGUUGUCUGCCCGCCCGUGACAAAUUUCAGUGUUUAAGUGGACAAGACAAAUAAUAAAACAAAAACGAAUAAACUCAAAUCAUCAGUGAUCAUUUGGUCGUCGUGAAAGUAAAUACGAUAAAAAUCAUUGUAUAAUUUUUAAAAAUGUGUGAACCGAACACAACGACUCUUAAAAACAAGGAACCAAAAUUAAAGAGAGUCAAAGAUGACAUCUUACUAGGACCAGAAUUUCCAAUACAUAGAGAAUCUGUCAAUGUGGCUGAAACGAUACUAAAGACCUUAAAAAGCAAGCCUGAUUGCAUCGGCCAGGUGGACGUUCUUACGGAUCAACAAUAUACUUAUGCCGAAAUGAGUGAGCGCAGUAUUAAGUGCGCACUUUGGUUGAAGAAGCAGGGCGUAAAGCCGGGUGAUAUAAUCGGUCUUUGCACCGACAAUAAUCUGGACGCGAUUAUAGUAUUGUUGGGCAUCAUGUAUUUAAACGGCAAAUGUAAUACGUGGGACCAUGAACUCUCCUUAACGACGGCACGAUAUUUCCUCUCGUUGACAUCACCAACCAUAAUUUUUACGAUUCCGUUGUCAGCCGCGAAUUUAACCGAAGCAGCGAAGGAAUUGAAAAUGGAUGUAAAAAUAGUGGUCAUUGGCAAACUAGAUGGAUAUGAAUCAAUAGACGAUAUCUUAAGGGAUCACGAUAGUCGCGAAAUUGUCGAAUUCAAAUGUACUCCGAUCAACAACCCGGACGAAGUUUGUCUUAUUGUUUGUUCUUCGGGUACUACGGGUAUGCCAAAGGCUAUUGAGAUGUCGCACUCUGCUAUGCACAAUCGUCUUCUUUCUAUAAAAGUUAAAUGGUUGAAAGGACACGUUUGCAUGUUUACACCGACAUUACGUUGGCAAUACGGCGUUAUAGUUGCAUUUAAGGUCAUUUUGGCAUAUUCACCGAGAAUUGUUGUACCAGACAUUGUGACAGACGAUAAUGCGAUUGAUAUGUAUUGCCAGCUUAUCGAAAAAUAUCGAGUAACGUGGUUUGGUACUGACCCAUUUAUUCUAAUCCCGUUGGUUAAGACGGACGUAUUAGAGAAAUAUCGAUUGUCAACAUUAAAAAUUAUAAUUACAUCCGGUGCUAUUUUCGCAAAACAACACCAAGAAGCAUUGAGAAAAAAAUUACCACAUGUUAUAAUUAAUAAUGGAUAUGGAACUACCGAUGUAGGAGGUGAACUCACUGAUCAAGAUGAGCAUAGUAAACCAGGAUCUGUUGGUUAUCCCGUAUUUAACGUUCAAAUAAAAGUGACAGAUACAGAAACCGAAAAAAUCUUGGGGGUUAAUCAAGUUGGAGAAAUACGUGCUAAAGCACCCUCUGUAAUGAACGGUUACUAUGGAAACCCUGAAGAAACCAAAAAAGCUUUUGAUUCUGACGAUUGGUUAUGCACCGGCGACUUAGGUUACUACGACGAUGAUGGAGAGGUCUUUAUCGUUGGUAGAAUAUCAGAGUUCAUUAAUUUUAGAUCAAUCAAUGUCUCGCCCGCGGAAAUCGAAAGUGUUUUAGAGACUCACCCUGCAGUAUUCCAAGCGGCGGUAAUAGGAAUACCUCAUGAAAUCGAUGAGCAGCACCCAAUGGCUGUCGUCUCUGUAGUGCCACCUAAAACGAUAACGGAGCAAGAGCUUAUCAGAUUAGUGGAAAAGAAUCUGCCAGAUCACUGCAGACUCCGAGCUGGUGUCAAGUUCAUGGAUGAACUUCCGCGUACAAUUACCGGUAAAAUCAGGAAGAAGCAGUUGCAAAGUAUGUUUGCGAAUUAAAUUGCGUUAAACUAUACAUACAUUAUUAAAAGAUCAUAUAUGUAAGCAAAUAAUAGUAAAUAAUAAAUAAAUAAUAGUAAAUAA